ACAAAUCUGGUCACUCUGCAGCCAAAAGCAAUAACAUUGCCGCACAAUUAGUUUUCUUAUAAAUUGUAAAUAAAAGAUUGCUGCGACAUGGCUUCGCUUUUGGUAGUGGCCACCAGGGCAUUGCGCAUCACCGCGCUGCAGACUCGAAACGUGGCCACCACAUCGCCCAGACUGAUCAAAGAGAUUCAGGAAAAGCAGGAGAGUAAUGUGAAGGUCUUUGAGGGCGUCAACGUGGAGUCGCCACGCGCCGAACUAAUGCUGAAAUCCGCCUGCCAGAGCAACUUCUGCCCGGAAUGUACGUUGGGCCUGGACAUCAAGCACACGGACGUGCUCAUCCUCUCGCAGUACGUCCGCUCCGACGGCUGCAUGCUGCCCAGAAGGAUUACCGGGCUGUGCCACCGUCAGCAGAAAAAGAUGGGCACCUUGGUGACGAUGGCCCAGAAAGCGGGAUUGAUGCCGAACCUGGCGCCGGCGUGGAGCAAGAGAGAUCCCAAGAAGCGUUUUGGCUGGCGCAAGUUCAACAAGUACUUUAUUGAGUCCACAAUUAAAUAUUAACUAGAGUUAAAUUUGCAAUAAAUGUGUUCAUGUUGGCUUACGUUAAGAGAAUGGCUUAUAAGUUAAUGGGCUAUGUUAAAGUCUCCAAAAAAGGCCUUCGAAACUAAAAAAAGGGUUUGCUCAUAAAUCAGUUAUUUAUAAUAAAAUA